UUUCAGACUUCAGUUUUCAUAUUUCGCACUUCACGUUUAUCACGAAGUCGUGUGUUGACCUGCCAAGUGAAAGCGAAUAACGAUUUAGAUUUCACAGUACAGUCGAUUUAUCUACCUACUAGGUAUCUACUUACAUCGUGUCGAAAUCAUUAAGCUGAUAAAACAUUCCAUAAGCCGUUUGUGUUCCGUGCAUUGACAGAUUUUGUGCGCAAUAAUCACAAUUUUUUGCAACAACAUUUUUGUUUUGAUAAUCUUAUUGACAUUUAUAGCCACGCAUUGGUGAUUUAAAAAGUCGUGUAGGUUGUUUUGGAAGUAUUUUUAGUAAUGUCUGGUGAGGAUAAAGACGUGACCGGUGAAGUGGGUUCGACGAUUAACUCUCAAGCGCUACAAGCAGCUGAGGAUGAAAAUUUGAAAUCAUGCUGGGUUUGCUUCGCAACAGAACAGGACGACAGACUUGCUGCGUGGGUUCAGCCUUGCAAGUGCAUUGGAACUACAAAGUGGGUGCACCAAAGCUGUCUCCAGCGGUGGGUGGACGAGAAGCAACGGGGCAACAUAAGUAGAAAGGUCCUCUGCCCACAAUGCAAGGCGGAGUACAUAGUUGUGUUCCCCUCAAUGGGGACUUUUGUAGCGCUGCUAGACGCUAUGGAGGAAAUAACACACAAGAUCAGCCCAUUUAUAGCCGGCGGGGUGCUCCUGGGAUCUAUAUAUUGGAUUGCCAUCACCUACGGUGCUGUUACUGUGAUGCAAGUGGUGGGUCACAGGGAGGGGCUAGAGAUGAUGGAGUCAGCUGACCCACUGGUGCUGCUCGUGCUGCUCCCCACGAUACCGGUGACCCUCAUCAGCGCCAAGAUGUACAACUGGGAGGACUCCGUGCUGCUGUUCCUGAGAAAGUACUGCGCUAAGAUACCGGCCCUCACGUAUAUACUACCGUUUGGAAACGUCGAAGGCGACAGAGCACAGAUUGUCACAGGCCCGACGAACACAGCAAAUCAAAAUGGCAACUCACACUUAUCACCUACCAGAAUAUUCUGUUCCGCCCUCCUUCUCCCCACCAUUUCAACGAUCAUAGGCAAGAUAUUCUUCAGAUCGAUCAGAAAUAACCUGCACAGGACGAUACUAGGCGGUCUCACAUACAUAACAUUAAAGGGCGCGUUAAAAAUCUACCAUAAACAAAUGUUGUACAUACGCCAUUCGAGCAGGAAAAUUUUGGACUACACAGAGUCAAAUCUUAAGUUGUACAGAAGUUCAAAUCACGUACAUCCCGACUCGGUGACUACGAGAGACGAUUCUGAACAAGUCGUUUGAAUUAUAACAAAACACACACUAGUGUAUCAAAUACUUGCCACAUGUAAAAAAAAACAA